ACAACUAAGGCGCCCAGGUUAUGGAGAUGUACAUGCUGUCAACGUUAGGGAAAUGAUAUUCAUCAUGAUUUAUGUCUCAUUUGACAUGGUUCUUGGUGCUUAUCUGAUUGGUAACAUGACAGCAUUAAUUGUGAAAGGAUCAAAAACAGAAAAGUUUAGAGAUAAAAUGACAGAUCUGAUCAAAUAUUUGAACAGAAACAAACUUGGCAAGGAUAUCCGUAAUCAGAUCAAAGGCCACUUGAGGUUACAGUUUGAGAGCAGUUACACUGAGGCUGCUGUUCUUCAGGACAUCCCAGUGUCUAUUCGCGCCAAGAUUUCACACAAGAUAUACAAGCCGUUCAUUGAAAAGGUUUCUCUUUUUAAAGGAUGCUCUACAGAAUUCAUCAAUCAGAUUGUAAUCAAGCUCCAUGAAGAACUUUUUCUCCCGGGUGAAGUAAUUACGGAACAGGGCAGUGUAGGGGAUCAACUUUAUUUCGUCUGUCACGGUGUGCUGGAGUUGGUAGGCAUAGGGGAAGACGGAUUAGAGGAGACUAUUUCACUUCUGCACCCUCAUAGAUCAUUUGGGGAACUUUCUAUUCUUUGCAACAUUCCGCAACCUUAUACAGUUCAAGUUCGGGAACUUUGUAGGCUCCUGCGGAUUGAUAAACAAUCUUUCACAAAUAUUCUACAAAUAUAUUGUUUUGAUGGUAGGACAAUUUUUGCCAACCUUCUAGAGGGAAAGGAAUCCAAUUUUCGGAUAAAGCAGUUGGAAUCUGACAUCGCACUUUAUAUUGGAAAACAAGAAGCUGAGCUUGCGUUGAGGGUGAACAAUGCUGCUUAUCAGGGAGACUUAUACCAACUAAAAAAUUUGAUCCAAGCAGGAGCAGAUCCAAAUAAGAUAGAUUAUGAUGGAAGAUCACCCUUGCAUCUUGCCGCAUCAAGAGGCUAUGAAGAUAUCACAAAUUUCCUUAUCCAAAAAGGUGUGGAUUUCAACAUUUCAGAUAAGUUUGGAAAUACACCUCUACUUGAAGCCAUCAAGAAUGGGCAUGACCGGGUGGCAUCUUUACUAGUUAAAGAAGGAGCAUCCUUAAACAUUGAUAAUGUUGGAAGCUAUCUGUGCAAUGUUGUUAUAAGGGGUGAUUCAGAUUUCUUGAAAAGAUUAUUGGCCAAUGGCAUUGAUCCAAACUCUAAAGACUAUGAUCACCGAACACCACUCCAUGUAGCUGCUGCAGAAGGUUUAUAUUUGAUGGCAAAAAUUCUGAUAGAAGCUGGUGCAAAUGUUCUCUCAAAGGACAGAUGGGGACACACUCCACUUGCUGAAGGCCAUAUGUGUGGCAACAAGAAUUUGAUCGUGCUACUGGAAGGCGCAAAGUCUGUCCAGUUGUCUAAAAACCCUGAAUACUCUCAAGAAGUUCGAGAUAAAAAGCAUGCACAUGGGAAAUGCACAGUGUUUCCCUACCACCCAUGGGAUUCCAAGGAUAAGAGAAAAGGGAUUGUUCUGUGGAUUCCACGAACCAUAGAGGAGCUCAUCAAGAUGGCAGCAGAGCAAUUAAAAUGUUCGGCGGAUUCCUGCAUUUUAUCAGAAGACGGGGGUAGAAUCCUUGAUGUGAACAUGAUUAAUGAUGGUCAGAAGCUGUACUUGAUCUGUGAAACUCAGUAAACAUGAUGAAGAAUUUGCCUGUUACCAUUUGA